AAGAAUGUCAUAUGCCUACCUUUUCAAGUACAUUAUCAUCGGGGAUACUGGAGUAGGAAAAUCCUGCUUGCUCCUUCAGUUUACCGACAAACGUUUCCAGCCAGUUCAUGAUUUGACGAUUGGCGUCGAAUUCGGAGCCCGUAUGGUGACAAUUGACGGAAAGCAGAUCAAACUUCAAAUUUGGGACACAGCCGGACAAGAAUCAUUCCGCUCCAUCACUCGUUCCUAUUAUCGUGGAGCCGCCGGAGCUCUUCUCGUCUACGACAUUACACGACGCGACACAUUCAAUCAUUUGACAUCUUGGCUUGAGGAUGCCAGGCAGCACAGUAAUUCCAAUAUGGUUAUUAUGUUGAUUGGAAAUAAGAGUGACCUGGAAGCCCGUCGCGAAGUGAAACGUGAAGAGGGAGAAGCAUUCGCACGAGAGCACGGACUCGUAUUCAUGGAGACAUCUGCCAAGACGGCUGCCAACGUGGAAGAGGCGUUCAUCGACACUGCCAAAGAGAUCUACCGUAAGAUUCAAGAAGGCGUGUUCGACAUUAACAAUGAGGCAAACGGAAUCAAGUUGGGACCACAGCACUCUCCAAGCUCACCAAAUUCUCCAGGUGGAAAUGCGACGGGAGGAUUGGGCGGUGGAUCUGGAUGCUGUUAAUUUUUGAUGAUGUUUCUUUGAAUGAGCUUUGAAUGUUUUAACUAAAUCGUUUGAAUACCAAUCUUUUUUAUGUUUCCUCCUCUUUUCGAAUGUCGUUAGGCACUUUUCUAGUCUCCUUUCUCUCUUCCAGAACCAUAAUUUUACUUUACAUAUAUAUUGCAAUUGUCUCUUAUUACUACCAUCAUUUACUGUAUAUUGUCGCCUGCUUUUUCUCUUUCUCCUCUCUUUCUCUAUUUUCUCUCCUUUUCAUUCAGUCUCUCACCAAUUGUGUGAAUAUCUGAAAUUCCUGUGAUUUUCCACUCAAUCCAUCAGAACAACAUGUUGUGAAAAUCCCGCUCUCUCUCCCUCAUUUCCUCUUAAAAGUUUGUAUGUAAGCUCUACUUCUUUUUUCCUUUUCUAAUUCUUUCCAUUUAAUUACUAUACGUCUCCAAGCUAUCAAAAUUUUCAGUGAAAUAAAUGAAUUUUAUGAGC